AUGGACAAUCCCGCGACAUUGCAAGCCUACGAUCGAUUCUACCAACCUCUGAGCAACGCUCUCUCGAACCUGAAAGCACUCGCUCACCAGCAUCCAUACCUCAUCUUGAUUGCAAUUGCUUCUUUCCUGUUCCAAUACUACGAGAUGACGCUCUUUGGGCUGCCGCGCAUCUUCGGCCGCAGCGUCACUGCCGGUACGCAUACCGACGCACUUGACGACGCUCCCAUCGACGAGAAUGCUGACACACUCAAAGAUCAGGCCGAAGACAACACCGAGGAUAAGCCUGCAGCCGAUGAGCAUGCCGAGUCUAAUCCCGCGAAGAAGGGCGGCUUUGACUUCUAUGCUGAUAUCGUGGGGAGCAUCCACCCGUUGCCCACCCUUGGUAAAGAAAAGACCACCCACGGGAUCCCCGACUCGUCUUCCCAUGUGAGGAUCGGCUCUACGUCCUCAUUUGACUCGGACGACUCAACCGUUAUCGACGACUCAAUUGAACUUCCCGACCUGGCCGCCAUCCAGCUGGAUGCCGGCGACUUCGCCUUCUCUCGUCCCGCCACCUGGCUGGAGACGGACGGCAUCAUCUACCGCAACGGCCACGCCCGCGGCGUCACCAAUAUCCAACACGAUAACAAGGUCUGGGAUUUGCGUGAGCUGAUCAGCACUCUGGUCGCCGACCUCUUGGGCAGCAAGUGCGUGCAGGAAGAGGCCCAAGCCACCAUCGCCCGCCUGAAGAUCACCCACGCUGCGGCACUCGGCCACGCGCAGAGGAAGAAGAAGAACAAUGUGUUCCUCUCCUCGCUCCAGGAGCAGAACAAGUCUGCUUUGGCUAACCUGGAGAAGAAGUACAAUGCCAGCAUCGCGAAGCUUCGUGCUGAGCAGAAGUCGACCAUCACACUUCUAACCAAGAAGCACAAUUCCGAGCUCCUUGUGGCCAAGACGAUGGGUCAGAAGGAAGUCAAGGCGAAGACGGCCCAUUACGCGUCUGGUAUUGCGUCCAUCAAGCAGGGAUCUGAGCGCGAUCUUGAUCAACUGCAGAAGGAACUCACUGGCACAGUCGACAUGUUCAACAAAGAGUACUCCCUCAUCAAGAACUUCUUGGAGACUGAAAAAGGGCGUGCCGCUUCUUGGCGCCAGACCUUGGACCAGUGUCAGGCCCAGAUUGCUUCCAUGGAGUGUAUCAACGAGCUUGGCAUUCGGACCAUGAAGUUGAAGCAAAAGUGCGAGCUUGAAGCCAUCAAAACCCAGCACGAGUCUGAGAUCGACUCCAUCCAAUCACAUCAUGAGGCUGAAGUUGCCUCCAUUCAAUCUCACCACGAGGCUGAGAUUGCCAUCAUCAAGUCGCUGUGCAGCUCAGAGAUCACCUCCAUCAAGGCGCAGCACAAGUCUGAAAUCGCCGACCACGAGUCCGCGCUGGACAAGCUUGAGUCCGAGGUCGCCACCGCUCUCGCCUCCCUUGACGACGAGUACUCCUCGGUUCUCAACUCUUUGAAGUCUAACGAUGAGCUCACUAUUGCUCUACCCAGGACCGUGGACCAACAACAGGCCCACAUUACUUCGCUUCAUGCGCAGCAUCAGUCAGAAGUCACUUCAAUCAAGGAAGGCUACGACUCCGCCCUGGACAAGCUCGAAGCUGAAGUGAUUGCUGCUCUUGCUUCUCUUGACAACGAGCACUCCUCGAUCAUCAAGGGUGCAAUCAUCCUACCCAGGACCAAGGGCCAACAGCAGGCCCAGCUCGAUUCGAUCAAGUCGAAGCACAAGUCUGAGAUUACUUCAAUCCAGAACAACCACGAGUCCAUUUUGAAAAGCCUGCAAGUCAAAGUCAACGCCACUAUCGCUUCUUUCGAGGCCGAGUACGUCUUGACUGUCAGCUCCAUCCAGCCCGGUCACAGUCAGCGAGCCGACCAUGAAGCGGUCAUCCAAAAGCUCGUCAAGAGCCACAUCGAUAUGGAGGUCAUUCGCAAUCUCAAACAUGAGAUCGACACGGCACUCGAAGGCACCCACGCUUCCUUCAAGGCGGCGCGCCAUCUGCCCAGCCCCGUCGCCAAAUCCCCUCAGCCUGACAUCGAGUGUCCCUCCCUCGCCUCGGAUCGUCACACUCCCCAAGUGGAACCGAUCGUGAUCGACCCUUCUCUUCGGUUGGAGUACCUCAAGGCUCGUCAGCAGGCUAACCUGCAGGGACAGGGCCUCGUAACCUGCAGUCCUUUCAGUGAAGCAGGCGGUUUACUGGAUGAGGACGAGCAGUGCUCUGACACGUUGUCCGACACGGGCACGGUCAUCCACUUCAAGCAUCUUCCUCCUGACAGCCUGCUGGACGGGGGCGACUUCCGCCUCUUACUGGAUGAUGACAGCGACGGCUUCUGCCUCUCGCUACUAGAUGAGGACGACGAUUCCGAUACGGGUACGGUGGUCCAUACCGAGGACUCCUUUCCCGACAGCCAGCUCGACAGCAACGACUUCCGCCUUUGGGUGGACGACGAGGAUGAUUCCGACACGGACACGGUCAUCCACAUCGACAACAUCGCAGACACCAACCCUCUGGCCAGCGGCGACUUCCGCCUCUCGCUAGACGAGGAUGACGAUUCCGAUACAGGCUCGGUCAUCAACACCGAAACCCCCCCUCCCGCCAGCCAGCUAGACAGCAACGACUUCCGCCUCUGGGUGGACGACGAGGAAGAUUCCGACACAGACACAGUCAUCCACACCGACACCAACAUCUCCGACACCAACCCUCUAGCCAGCGGUGACUUCCGCCUCUCCCUCGAAAACGACUCCGACCACAAUUCCAACCCCGACUCCACCCCCGACUCCACCCCCGACUCCACCCCCAACUCCCAGGACUACCACUCCCCCCAACCGCCCCCGCGCACUCCAAACGAGCAGACUCGCGUCGAGACAUCGAUACCGCCGCCUUCGCCUUCGCCUUCGCCGUCGCCGGACGCCGGGCCCGUGCUCCCCCAUCGGGACGCGGUUGUGUACUGGCCGAAUGAUGGCGACGACGAUGAAGACAACGACGGCUCGCGCGAGCCACUGAUUGACGACGACGUGCGUGAGACUGAGGCGGGUAAUUGUUGCUGCGAGGACCGUUCGUCGGACGCCGGGCCUGCGAUCCCUCAUCGGGACGUGGUUGUGUACUGGUUGGAUGAUGAUGACUGCGGUUCUUGCGGUGACGAGCUGGUGGUGGGAGGUGCUGCGCGGGGGGUACGGGUCUUGGAGGUGGGGGAGGGGAAGGGGGAGGAGGAGGAGGAGGACAAGGAGGAGGAGGAGGAGGAUGUUGCGUGUCAACAGGAUGAUGAUGAUGUUGAUGAUGGCGCGGACCAGCAGUUGUCUGUGAUGAUGUCGGGCUUGAAGAUUUCUGUCGUGGAUCGGGCUGAGGAUCUUGACGAUGACUGCAUCGACGACUCGGAUGGUGCAGUGGGUCGGGAUGGUCUGGGUUCGUAUGCGAGCCAGCAGUUCUUCGAGGAGACAGCAUUCGAGAUCCACAACGACGUCGUCGGCCCUGAUGGCCAAGAGGACGAGUCCUUCGACGUUCAGGAGGCGAGCUUCAUCCACGCCCCCAUUCCCGUCAGGGUCGUGGACAUCAACGCGCUCAGCGAGCGUCUGCAAGAAAUGCUGCAGCGACAGCAAGAGCAGGAAGGCUCCGAGGCUGGUAUCGAGGAGAACAACAACGAUCAGGAGGGUCAAUUCUACGAUGACUAUGAGGCGGACGACUUCAACGGACCCACUAAGAUCGAGGUCGCCAACGUCCGGAAGCUGAGCGAGCACCUGCAGCAGCAGCUCCAAUCGUCCGACGACAACGCCAUCGCCUCGCCGCCGUCUUCGCCGUCGAAGGCCAUCGUACUUCACAACCCCCGCCACGCCACCCUCCUCAGUCCCUUUGCCUUCGACGAGUCUCAGAAGUACGCCGAGGCGUUCCCCUCCUCCACCACAGAUGAAGAAGAAGAUGUUGAUGAUGAUGAAGAAGAAGAAUCCGAAGAAUCCGAAGAAGAACAAGAAGACGCAGAAGAAACCUCCCCAUCCCAAUCCCCUCCCCCGUCCUCCUCCCCUCCCCCCUUCUCCAACAGCUUCCUCGCCGCCCAACUCUCCGCCGCCCAAUCCGACAUCUACCAGCUCAUCGCCUCCAACACGGCGCUAACCUCCGACCUCGCGCAAGCCCGCUCCGGCGCCCCCGCCGCCUCCUCCUCCUCCUCAGAAGAAGAAAUCGCCCGCCUCCGCGCCCACAUCCACCAGCUCGAAGCCACCAACGCGCACAACAGCGCCGCCUACCACGAGGCCAAGCGCGCAGCCGAGCACAACGAGCGGGCGUGGCAAGAAGCGCGCUCGGCGCAGCGCCGCGAGCGCGCGCGCGGCGAGCAGUGGGAGGAGUGGGCGGACGUCCAGGAAGGCAAGGUGGAAAGGCUGCAGGACGAGCUGGUGCGCGAGCGCGCCGCGGCCGAGGGCGAGCGGUGGAGCAACCGCAAGCAGGCGGCGCACGUGCGGGCGCUGCUGGCGGAGCGGGUGCCGGUGGAUAACUACAACGUGCGGUUGCAUGGGGAGAAUGUCAGGUUGAAGGAGCGGGUCGAGCGGGCGGAGAGGGAGGCGCGCGAGGCGAGGGGGUUUGCGGAGGAUGUGUUGGGGAGGGCGGUGGGGGUCGUGGAGAGGAUGAGGGAGGAGGGCGUGGUCAGUGUCGCGAGGCUGGCGGAGCUGACGAAUGAUGAGGUGGUUGCGGGACUGGCGGAGGACAUGCGCGAGUUCAUGGAGGCGUGCAACCACAAUAUCGGCGUGGGCAGGAAGCUGGUCGCCACCAAUGCGGAGCUCGUCGACGCUGCCGCCGCCGACCGCGACACCAUCGCCAAGCUGAGGGACGAGGUUGUCAACCUCAAGGACAAGCUCACCGAUACCAAGGACAAGCUCGACGCCGCAUCCAUUGAUGAGGGUUUCGCCGCCGCCGCCGCGGAGCGCGCCGAGGCUGAGGUUGCCGGUCUGCGGGAGCAGGCUGAGCGCGUGCCCGGUCUCGAGGCCGAUGUGCGCGACCUGGAUGAGCGGCUCCUUGACGCCCAGAUCGACGCGGCGCCGGCCGACUACAAGGAGAUCCUGGCGGACCUGCGGACCCAGCUGGAUGCGAAACAGAUGGGCGUCGACGCGCUGACGGCCCGUGUGCGUGCUGCCGAGGCGGUGCAGACCCAGCAUGCGAUGUGCGAGCGACUGGCCAAGGACAGAGACGACCAGGCCGAGGCGAACCACGGCAUCAUCGCGUUCUUGCACAAGCGGAAUCAUGAGUUGGCAGCUGAGAUGGUGCAAAUCAGGAAGGCGGCCGGCUUGCCCGCGAAGAACUACGUCGUCGACGGUGGUUGUGGACAGGACGAGUACGGCAGAGUCAGGAUGCGGUACAUGAUGCAGAGGAUGGCAGAGGUCCACAACUACAGGCUUAUCAAGGAGGACUUCGACUUCUGCGACAAUUUGGACGAGCUGAUCAUGGAGCCUGCCGAUGACAGCGAGGCCCCCCUCUGGGAUCGUCCCAUGACCGCGGCGGAGAAGGCGGUGGAAAGGGUGUUGGACAAGAUGCUGGGAGUUUUCCGGGGUGUGAAGGGUGACGGAAAGGACUCCGAGGACAGCAAAAAGUUUAUUCCGGAGCCACUGGACUUGGAGACGGAUCCUAAGGAACAGAAGUUGGCUGAUGCAAGGUCUGAGGAGGAGCAGGCGAUGCGCAGGAAGACCGCCGAGGAGGUUCGUGCGGCCGUGUUGAAGGAAAACGAAGAUGCUCAGAUCCUGGCUGAAGAGUCUUUCUAG